GGCAGCAGAGGCUCUGGGUGCAAUUGUUUGGAUCAUCUGUGGUAGAAAAAUCACCUUUCAUGUCUGUUGACCCAGCUGCACCAACUUCAUUAUGCUGUUCUGUUGACGAGCCAAGUUCUUCUGGAUGAAGCAAAAGGGAUGUAUGAACGAUAUGCAGCACUUUUUGCACUUCGAAACAACAGUGGAGAUGAAGCUGUUUCUGUUAUAAUUGAUUCUUUAGGCGCGAAAAAAUGCUCUGCUGAAGCAUGAGGUUGCUUAUGUGUUGGGGCAAUUGCAAAACAAAGCUGCGUCUGCUGCGCUUUGUAAUGUACUCAGGGAUUUGAAGGAGCAUCCCAUGGUCAGACAUGAAGCUGCUGAAGCUCUUGGUUCCAUUGCUGGAAAUAGUGUGGCACUUCUUGAGGAAUUUGCCACACUUGCAGAUAACCACAGUGUGGCGCUUCUUGAGGAAGUUGCCAGGGAUCCUGAGCAUAUUGUUUCACAGAGCUGUGAAGUUGCCCUGAGCAUGCUCGAAUAUGAACGGUUGGGAAAGUCCAAUCUGAAUGUUAUAUCAAUAGUUGGUAGACAAAGUUGCCAAAAGAGAAUUGAAUUCUGCUUUUGCUGUUGUGAGGCCUUCUGGCCAUCAGGCUGAAAAAGAUGAAGCAAUGGGAUUCUGUCUAUAUAACAAUGUGGCUAUUGCAGCAAGUUUUCUGUUAAAUGAAAGAGCGAGGGCCAGUGUUGCAGCUUUGUUAUAACCAGUUAACAGGCAGCAUACCCACCAAGCUCAGUUCUUUGAAGAAGCUUAGUGUUGUUGCUCUCCAAUCUAAUCAGCUCACUGGUGCAAUCCCUGCAAGUUUAGGUGAUCUGAGUAUGUUAAGGAGACUAGAUUUGAGCUUCAAUCGCUUAUUUGGUUCAAUCCCGCAAAAAUUAGCUGAUGCUCCUCUUCUGGAAGUUUUAGACAUUCGAAACAAUACUCUGUCUGGCAAUGUGCCUCCUACUUUGAAGAGACUGAAUGAAGGAUUUCUAUAUGAAAACAAUCUGGAGCUAUGUGCAGCUGGGUUUUACUUGUUGAAGGCUUGCAGUGCUUCAAGUAGAAUCAAUCCUAGUAGACCUGAACCUUUUGGAACUGGUACAACAAGAAACAUGCCGGAGACAGCAGAUUUGCAGUCGCCUUGCAACCAAACUUUCUGCUCAAAUUCAUCCAAAUCUCAUCAAGCAUCUAUUGUUGUUGGUGCAAUUGUUGUAACCAAUGCAUUAUUAGCUUUCCAGGAUAAUAAACACAGAUGCUAUGACCGUUUGGAACUGGUGCUUGACUUGGUCCUCACGUGGCAUUCAAUAUGAAUUUGUUUUACAGUUGAAAAUUGCAUGUUUCAGGUCAACUUUCCAGGAUAAUCACAGAUCCUAUGGCCGUUUUUCCA